CAGUCUUUUCAGGAGAGAGUACAAUACAAUUUUUCUGAGUAUACGGAUUUCACUUUGAGUUAUUUUAUUUUUAAUGGGGACUGUCAACCUCUUCAGCCUCCCUUUCUUGGAGGACACUUGUAGCUACCAAGAAGCAAAAGCAGGAAAGGGCUAAUUAAGAUUCCAGGACCUUUGGACUAUCUGAUAUUCCUGUUCUUUAAUUUCUUAACUAGUGAGAAAACUGGUGAACUCUCAUCAAGAGUUCUUCACAUCCCUUUUUAAGCUUCUUUUCCCCAAAGAAAACCUUGAAAAUUGUAAAAAGGAAUGGAGAAAAAAACCAGAAUACUUCCCAAAGCAGAAUUGAUCCUGUGCCCCCGAAAAGGCCUCUAUCCAUGGACCUCAUCAAUAAUUUUAUCACGCCCCCAACAUCGGAUUGCACUGAAAUGGAAACAAGGCCAAAGGUCUAUAGAACACACAUCCCACCUUAGCCACCAAGCUAGAACCACCCAGUCAUUUCAUCCUUCCAAGUGGACUGAAUCAAAACCCGAACCAUGGAUCAAACACCUAAUCCGAUCCCCACACCACCCCCACACAAACCACAUGUCUGUGCCAUUGCCCUAUCUUCAACAACAGGCCAGAACUAAAUCAACACUGCACAUUAAAAAGAAUGCUGGGAUCUCAGUCAUGACUUUACCUAGGCCUAAAGUUAGGGCCAAGAAAACUGACAAAUCCUUAAGAGCCACCAAACACAGACUUAUACUUCCACCUAGCUCCAAACAUCAACCAGAGUCUCGUUUGAACCCCGACCCACUGAGUCCAGGGGAUCCCCUAAAUCCUGACCACCUUCCUAAGAUUUUUCCAAGUACUGACCAUCCAAUGGAGGAUCUAAUACCUUUCCAACAGAAGCUCCCAUCUCGAUCAAUCUCCAGUCCUCAAAUUAAAAUUCCACCAAGUAGUGCACAUAGGUCCAAGGCUGAUGCUGAAUCCCAAACAUGUCCUGGCUCUCAGGCAGUCACCGCAUUUGUGCCAAUGAGCCCCUGUAAACAGGCUAAAACUUCACCAAAGUCCAAACGCCAAGUUAAGACCUCAAGUUCCCUAGCAAGAUUAUACAACCAUGAGCCCAAGGCUACAGCUGCACCAUCAUCAUCUUUUCCUGAUGACUAUCUCUCAAGGGCCCCGGCUUUGAAAUCAUCAGGCCCUGUGGGCAAAGCCUCAAAGGAAUCCCGGACCCAUCUUAGAUCCACAAUAGUGAUGUCCUUGCUUCGAUUACCUGAGCGCCAGCCCAGAGCCUCUGUGACUAUGUCUUCAUCCCAGCUAAAUCAGAGAACAAGAUGCAAGACUGCAAGUCAAACUGAGAAGAGGUACAGGUCCAAUACCCAAGGCUCAAUUCAAGCAGAAAAAAGACACAGGGAAAUAAUGUCAGCAUCAACAGACUACCAGACCAUGGUCUUAUUAAACCCAGAUCAGGGAACUGCCCUAGUUCCCCUGGACUUAGACACCAAGAAAACAAUUCUACCUGAUUCAGAUGACCAGGUGAUUCCUCCAUUUAUCCCUGACCUGGACCAGGUGACUCCUCCAUUUAUCCCUGACCUGGAUCAGGUGACCCCUCCAUUCAUCCCUGACCUGGACCAGGUGACCCCUCCAUUCAUCCCUGACCUGGACCAAGCUGAAGCUAAGGAUAUUCCAAAGGUAAACAUCCACACAUUUCCAGCAGAACUAAGCCAUGAUGAAAAAGUGGCAUAUACAACUGACAAGCAGGAUAUGACCGUAACAGGCCAGGAUCACAGGGCAACAUCUCCACUGAGAUUAGACCAGCCGGAAAAAUCUCUCAGUGGCCUGGAUUGUGUGUCCACAUCACCACCUGGAUCUGACCAGCAAGCUGAGAAAACACAAGACUUCCGAGAACAAGAGUCUUGGGAAGAAGAGUCACCAAAAACAGACCAGCAAACCAUAAUUUUAACAAAUCAGGAAGCAAAAUCACCUGAAAUAGACCAUCAGACUAUAAUUUUAGUAGACUGGGAAGCAAAGUCACCAAAAACAGACCAACAGACUAUAAUUUUAACAGACCAGGAACUUGGAGCAAAAUUUUCUCUGACCUUAGACCAGGAGGACAAUAUUCAAACUGGCCCUGAACUGCUGGACACCCUUCACCUCAGAAUGGACCAUAAGAUUGAGGAGGAAACACCAGGUUCCACUGUACAUUUCUCAAUUCAGUUCAGAAAAACAGACCAAGAAAAACUGGAAAAAAUGCCAUCAAAACCACACAGCCAAGAUACAACUUUGACAGUCUGGGACAAUGGGGUACCCGUGGCAGGCUUAGACAGUGAAGACAACAUUACCUCUGGCCCUGAAAACAAGUCCUCAGCUCCUGCAAGUCCUGACCACCAUGAGGACGACAUACUAGAGCACAAUGCUCAUGUUUUAUUUCCAGUGGAAAUAAACCCCCAGGAAACAAUAUCAGAGGUAAAAGACGACCAGCAAAUUAUGGAGCCAGUUGAUUGGGAUUUCUGGGAAUCACCCCUUUCCCCCAUCAUAAGCAACCAAGAGACCCUAAUUGACUCUAAUUGUUGGGACACACCUUCACCCCAUCCUGACCACCAAACUGCAAAUAGAUCAGAUUCUAAUACUAUCACCGCUCCUCAAACAGAAGAAUGUUGGGAAACGUUACCACGGGGAAGUGACCAUAAAGCUAUAACAUCAUCAAAUGUUGCUCAUAGGACAAUCACUUCUCCUUUGUCCGUAGGUCCCCAGGAUAAAUUUACCCUACCUUCCUCUGACCACCAGACCACACUCUGCACCAACCUUGAGCACUGGGCUGAGAAUAUAUCAGACCCCAUUAGUCAUGUGUCCCUUCAAGUGGAACAAGAAUCCUGGGAAAUUACACCAUUUAAAAAUGAUGACCAGGACAAAACACUGUCAAAUCAAGAUUAUGCAAGACCUCCAGUGGGCUUGGAUCAGAAGGAUAAUAUUUUAUCUGACCUCAACUACCAAAGCAUAUCUUCCACGAGCUCUGAAAAUCCAGCUGAUGCUAUUGCCCAUAUCUUGUUACAAAUUGAACAGCAACAUCCAGAAACAAUGGCAGCCCAGCAGGACAUAGACUCAGAAGUCCAGAAUCACCCAUCAAUAUCCACCCUGUCAUUAGAACCCCAGUAUUCAAUCCCAUUUGACCCUAUGCCUGAGGCCACACUUCCAUCAAGUCACAACAAACAGAAGAAAGAUAUACAAGUUGUCUUGAAUCAUUCUUCAACUUCAACUGAACCAGAGCACUGGGCAAUGAGGCAUCCAAGAACUCAUCAGGCUACAACUCAAACAAGCCAGCAUAAAAGGGCAAUUCCCCUGCACUCAGAUCCCCAGGACACAAGUCUAGAUGUGCUCAAAUGCCGUGCCAUAUCUUUACCCACUGUUGACCACAAAGUGAAGGAUGCUUCAGACCCCCAAACCCAAGCCACACCUCUUUCAGACUUCCAAAUAUUAUCAGUAGAGUUAGACCAUAAAGUUACUCUAUCCACACCCAAGUCCCAAGUCUUUCUUCCAUGCAGCUCUGAAAAACAAACUGAAACCACUUUCCAUUCUACAAAGAUCCACAGCAAACUUCCAAGAAGUCUGUUUCACACCCACAAGACCUUGCCAGGUGCCAACUACAGGCUCACACCUCCACUGGGGGCUGGCCACCAGAGUGAGCCUUCAAAAAGCCAAAGCUAUCAGAGUAAAAUCGAACUGAGCUCUAAGCAUCAAGAUCAGCUUCCAACUAGAUUCCAAUCCCAAACCCAGAUAGUAAGAAACAGAAGAAUUCCAUGGUGCUUAAAUUACAUCAAACCAUAUAAUGUUGAGGGGGGAUUUGUCCCUAAUAGAAUCAUUCAGACUAUCAUCAAUUCCAUUCCUCAGCAGGAAAUUAAAAAUGACAUCUGUAAGCAGAUUCUUCUGCGAAGGAUGAGGGUGUCUCCCCUUUUUCAUAAAGACGGAAGACUUUUCACCACUUAUACAGUCUGUUUAAUCUGUACCUCCUGGAUACCAAAUGGCUGUUCACACAUGCAAGACAUGAGACACCCUUGUGAGGCACGACUUCUGGCCAUACCAACCCCUCUGCCUGGUCCUAAGGAGGAGCUCGGGGUGAGAUUUGUUCUCCAAGUGCCCAAGGGCAAAUUUCCUGUCCACAAACAACCAAACACUCACAGCAAAUCACACAGACCCUUGUACCAUCCAUCGGGCCACCCAUUACAUUGUUCUUCCCCGCCCCUUUCACCAGCAAAGGAAAGAUUGCUUCAAUAUAUGCUUAGUAAGGAUCCACACCUAAUGGGGAGGAACUCAUCCAAAGGGAGAUCCCUUCAUGGAGGGGAAAAGAGGAAGAGCAGCAAAGGAGAGGGCCUGAAGCCCACUAAAAUACUUUUCAAGUCUCUUCGAGAGUUAUUUCAAAUGAAGCAAAAGAAACAUUAAAUUAUCAUCU